CUUAGAAACUUCUGGAGACUGGAGGGUAGGUUAAGGUUGCUUGGGCUGAAACUCUUGGAAAGGCAAAAACUCGAAAAGGAAAAAACUAGAGUUUAUAAUGGACGCUGCCGAGUACAGAGUGAGAGGAAAGGAGAUGGUUGACUAUAUUGCUGACUAUCUGGAGAAUAUCAGGGAUCGAAGGGUAUUCCCUGAUGUAAAACCUGGAUAUUUGAGAGAACUAGUUCCUGAUCAUCCCCCGCAGGAAGGAGAGAGUUUUGAGGAUAUUUUCAAGGAUGUGGAGCGUGUAAUAAUGCCAGGGGCAAGUUCUCCUGCUUGUACUGAGCUUGAGUCCCUGGUGAUGGAUUGGCUGGGAAUGAUGAUUGGUCUUCCAGCAGAAUUCCUUCAUAGAACUCCUGGAAGCCUGGGUGGAGGAGUUAUCCAAACUACAGCUAGCGAAUCCACCUUCGUUUCCCUUCUAGCUGGACGAACAGAGGCAAUACAGAAAUAUCAGAAAAUGUUCCCGGAUAUAGAGGAUGCUGAAAUAAACUCCAGACUGGUGGGAUACUGCUCUGAUCAGGCACAUUCUAGUGUUGAGAAGGCAGGGCUAAUCGGCCUGGUUAAACUCAGAUAUAUCGAGAGCGACGAAAAUCUUUCCCUUCGUGGAGAUAAGCUUAGGGAAGCGAUCAAAAAAGACCGUGAAAAUGGACUCGUACCCUUCUAUCUCUGCGCUACCCUUGGAACUACUGGAGCUUGUGCAUUCGACAAUCUUCAGGAACUAGGACCUAUCUGUCAGGUUAGAUACAGGAACUACAGGAUUGAGUUUGCUGAUUCUAUUGCGUUUAACCCCAGUAAAUGGUUGUUGGUUCACUUUGACUGCACAGCAAUGUGGGUUAAGAACAGCAGAUCUCUACAUAGAACCUUCAAUGUAGAACCCCUGUAUCUACAACACGAAAAUACAGGUCUUGCGAUUGAUUACAUGGUAAGUUACAUUUUCAUUUAUAUCAUCAUUAUUAUUAUUGUUCUUGUUAUCAAUAAUCCUUUUGGCUCCAGGGAAAAUGUCCGCAUGGCGCAAAAGUUUGAGGCAUUGGUUCGCUCAGAUUCCAGGUUUGAGAUACCGGCAGCCCGGCAUAUGGGGAUGGUUGUAUUCAGACUCAAGGGAGAAAACUCAAUGACGGAGAAGUUACUCAAGAAACUAAACUCCAGUGGGAAGAUGCACGCUGUCCCCUGUAAUCUGAAAGGACAAUAUGUAAUCAGAUUUACACUCACUAGUCCUAAAACCACAGUUCAGGAUAUUACCCGUGACUGGUGUAUAAUAAGAAGUACUGCUAGUGAUGUACUGGAGAGCUAUGGAAUUAUCUCAAGCAGGAAGAAGGUUCCAUUGAAAGAGAUCAAAGAGAAGAAUGAGAGUUUUGGAACCUCUCUCCUCCUGGCGAAUAUUGGACCUAAUUCUCCAAUGUCACCUAAGAUCGUCGACGGAUCCUUUGCUGCACUUUUCGACAACAACGAGGUUGUAAUUGAUUUCUCCCGAAAACUGAAGAGUAUGCAGAAGGAUAUUCAUUUCAACUGCCGGUCAAUGUUGAGAGCUGUGCCCGAGGACAUGGGGUAUUAUCCCCAGCAGCCCAGAUCCAUAUCAAUAUGGGGGCCUAGGAUACCACCAGCUAUAGCAACACGAAGGCGAGUUCGAGGUAUGCUUAUGUCAGGCAAACAAUACAGCCUAGACAGCAGGAUUGAUCUAGCACAGGCUGUAACUGACGAAGGAGAAGAAGGGAUUGAAGCUGAAGAGGAAAUAUCAAACAAUAUCAAACAGAAAUCAGGAGCAGGGAGAGGAAGAUCAUUGUCUGUUGUUGUGAACUCUGCAAUUGACAAUGAUGUUGGGAAUGCAUUGCGCAAAGCAAAACAACAGGCAAUCCCUGAGUAUGAAGACGAUGAAGUAGUUUGUGAAGAGGAUGAUAUUGCUACAACUACUAUACUUCAACCUCAUCAAACUCAAACUAUCCGGGAUAUGAUCAAACAGCUUGACAUAAACCUGGAGGAAGGAACAGAUCAGAUGGAUCAAGUCAAAGAAGCUUUUAUUGAGUUCUACAAACUCUUUGAUGACUUCGGUAUCAUUGAUAAAUCAUCUUUUAACAACAUCAACAGAUGGAACAGCAAACUGGGAGAAACUAAAUUAUAAACUUAGUUCUCUGAACAACCAACGACAAAGCACACAUUUGCUAAAUUCAACAAUAUGCAUUUAUACAUGCACACAUUGUAACUAACUAUAACAUCUAACCCAUGAACCUUCUAUUCAAGUUCAUGUUGAAUUAACACUACAACACUAAAUCUUGAUUAAACUACAUGACAACACUACUCAGUGGCCUUAUAAUGUACCUGACACGUAUCUAUAAGGAGAACGCCCGUCCUAUUGUUAGGGCUUUCCUCUUAACUUUACUCAAUAUAUUAAUUGUAUCUGUAAUAUUAACAAUAUAAGGAAUUAUGUAAUCUAUCUAAUUUAUAAGUUUUCUGUAUAACUAUCUAAAUGUUCAAUGUAAAUGUAAGUGUUUAAUAAAUGUUUUUAAAAUUA